GUCUUCAGCACUUACUCCAACGAAGACUACGACCGCCGCAAUGAAGACGUCGACCCCAUGGCCGCGUCGGCCGAGUACGAGCUGGAGAAGAGGGUGGAGCGGCUUGACCUCUUCCCCGUGGAGCUGGAGAAAGACUCCGAAGGGCUGGGGAUCAGCAUCAUCGGCAUGGGCGCGGGGGCCGACAUGGGCCUGGAGAAGCUGGGCAUCUUCGUCAAGACGGUGACGGAGGGUGGGGCGGCCCACCGGGACGGCAGGAUCCAGGUGAACGAUCUCAUCGUGGAGGUGGACGGCACCAGCCUGGUGGGGGUGACGCAGAGCUUCGCCGCCUCCGUCCUCAGGAACACCAAGGGCCGCGUCCG